AUGUCGGGUGUAUCGAGAGUGGAGGCCAUCCGGGUCAUCACGAUGGAGGACUGUCAACGGCACCACCAAUCCAAGGACGCAUUCUGCAAGCGGUGCAACGUGUGCAUGUGUGACGUAUGUUACAAGGAACACGUGACCGCUUCUCCUCAGUGUCCGCCUCGCCCGCUGUCGGUGAGGGAGGAAGCGUUGAAAGGGAAAGAGGAAGGCGGCCCCACCCUGGAGCUGGAACUCCGCCAGUUCGAAAUCCACAUCCGGGCGACGUACGGGCAGACGGAUCGAUCCAUUGACCAACUAUCAAGGGAUUGCGAUUCCGAAUGCUCCAAACUCUUGGAGGAUUUUGAGACAUUCGUGAUUGAGGCACGGCAGAAGUUGAUAGAGCUGUGCGAUAAUAUGAAAGUGAUGGCGUCCGAACUGGAGAGAAAAUGGCGCCGCUCCCUCAAGGAGAGAGAAAAACUUUUGGGGAAGGUAAAGAUCUGGCAGCAAACCUUGGACCAUUUGUUGACGGACGACGCCGACGAUGAGGACGUCGUUUGUGGACUGAGGUUGUUGAGAGCUGAGCUUUCUGCGCGGCUCCACCAAUCGUUUGCUCCACCCGGGAAAAUCCGUUGGGUCGUGACCGUUCCCAAAUGGUGUCACGAUUCCCUAGAGUCACUGAAGAAAGAAAUAGCAGAACGGCAAACAUCCGGGCACAAUUGGACGUCUGCAAGGAUUGAAACCGCUGUCGUCGGGCAGACAUCCGGGCAUUUGCAAUUGGAAAGUGAAUGCCGUCUGCAAGGAUCGAACCCGCCGCUGUGGAUUUCAUCGAUUGUCGCCAGCGAUGAAGACAAUCACGUCUUUGUUGGCGACUGGGAAGGCGGAUCGAUUCUAGAAUUCAGAGACUCUGGGGAAUUGGUCGGCCAAUUUCCCUUAACGGACGGAGGAGAAAGAUUCCACCCCGGGGACAUUUGUCGCCUCCCCGAAGACAUUUUGGUUGUCUGUUGUCCUGUGGGGUCGAGGUUCAGUGGGGGAAGACUUUUCUUUUUGGCGCGACAAAAAUGUCCGCCAUUUUUAAAAAAGCAAAAAUAA